GUUCAGGAGAGCGCACAGCUACUUCAGAAGAGUGUGGGCAAAGCCUUGGAAGCAGCCAUCGAAUUUGGCCGUGAAAAGGAGCGAACCAGAAUGUACGCCCAGGCGAAGGAGAAGUGCACACGACCUGAAGCCCCUCAAGUCAAAGCAAGACCUCGUAUCCCAGCCGGAAAGGAAUGGAAAGAGCACAUCUCUCUGGACACCUGGAGAGUUGAGAAGAAGAUCGCGUCAGAUGAAAAGUUCUUGGACUGUACCUCGUUCUCGCCUGAAUGGCAGGAGAAGGUGCGAAAGGCUGCUGGAUUUGGCGUACCGUGGAUUCUCAACGAAUGCAGAUGGAGAGUAUUCGUCACGAAGAAGUUUGGAUGGCAACUGCGAUCGACCCGAGAGUUCUGUACCAUAAUGAAAGUUUUGAAAAGAAGUUCGGUAUCAGGCUGGUCUGGAAACGGGAAGAUGGAGAAGACUGACAGGUAUGGAAAUCCGUAUACGACCAAAGGAAGUUUGCCUCCAAGCAAAGGAAUGUGCUCAGUAUGCUGGUCAGAAGGCCACUGGAAGAGUAGCUGCCCACUCAGGGAUCUGGUAUCUGAAUUGUGGGAGCCAGCGCUCACAGUAUUGGUGCCAAAGGAAAGACUCCGGAAAUACUACCCGCUACGGAACAUCAUCUGCGAACGGUACAAGGACGAGAAGGAUGAAUUCCGGCGAUACUACCCAGCGAUUGUAUUCGCGGACUAUGGUGCUGUCAGCAGCAAGAUUUCCGAAGUCAACAAGAAGAAGUACUUGGACAACAAGAAGAAGAAUCCUGAAGAAUAUCCGGAAAUCGAACCCCCAGCAGAGGAACGUGAAGGAGGUAUUUUCCUGUCUCUCUCAGAGGCAAUGGCGUAUGCUGCACCGAAGAGCGCAGCGAAACCUUCGGACCCAGGAUCGAGUACUGCGAAGCACACCGAAGUACUCUUGGAAAUGCAGGAUUCAGCCAAGAAAAGGCGAACGAAGUUGCUUGAAGGUGGAGCGAAAGAAACAAUCGACGUGGAUGAGGCAAAAGCCAAGGUAGCCCGGCAGGAAGAUCCGAAAGUAAUGAAGCUACCAGAGAAGUUCUUCGUCAGAAGCUGGAGGCAAAAGCAGGACCUGGACCAGAUGAAGCCGGAUCAGAUCCCAGUAGCGAUGAGUCAAGUGAAUCGUCAGAAGAAGGCGACGACCCAGUGCAGGUUCUCUGAGUUGUGCUUGUAUGAGAAGGAAAGUCAAUCGUAUGCACAGUAUCCGAUGGAGACGGAAGGUAAGACCGAAGCUAUGGAAGCGGUAGGCUCACCCGGAGCAGGUGGAUCG